ACUGAUGUUGAUGGGUCGUGAGUUAUAGAUGGGAAGAAAAAAACGACAAGCACAAAACAUAAAAUGUAAUAGCAACCAAAAGGAAGAAAGUGGACACAUUAAAUAAAGCCACGUGAUCACAAGAAACCGAAAUUUAUUCACCGUCGUCACGCGGAGCUUAAGUGUAAGAAGGAUGUGUAGACGCCUGCGGGCAACUCGAAGACAAACGACGUCCUGUACUCCCUUCUUUUCUUGUCUUCGAGAGUUUUCUUGAGAACUACGCCUGACUCAUCAUUCGCCUUCUCGGAAUAUCCUAUCACCCCUACUAUAAGUAUUUAUCGGCCUUAAGGCAGACUGGCUCAACAGUUUUUAUCGAAACCUGACUUGAGUCUGUGAAAAACCAAAACUUGAGGCAGCCACCAUGAAAGCCUGCACGGUGUUGUUCUUCUUGUCUACCUUCUGGGCCUCAGCAGAAUCUGCAGCAGUGCCUCCUGCCUGCAACAAAUCAGAGCAGUCCUACCUGUUCAACUCGUGUCUGCUUCCGUUUGGAGUGGCUCACCUCAAGUUCCUCCCCGUUAUGCGUGCAUCACAGACCUGCCUGCGACAAAACAUCCAGUGCCAGGCUGCGCGGCAAGCUGUCACGUGCAUUAACAAUCUGGAGAAAACUCGGCUUACCAAUGCCUGCUGGGAUGGCAUGAGAGGAACUCUCGAUUUCUUACUAGAUCAACACCAGUUCCACUGCAUUUACGCGGACUUGGAGGCGACAUGUUAUAAUAUUAAGGAAACCCCCAUCACUCUCAUCUCAAAAUCUGACAAGGCAAUGGGGCAUCAGGAUGAUCAGAACACACUUUCACAUAAAAGCCUGUCUUCUCCAGUAUUGUCUCCAUACACUUUAAAGACGCUCUUAGGACGAGCCCCCCAAAAAACAGGAAAUCUAAAAAAAAAAUACAAUGGACAUUAAAACAUAAAAUGGUU